AUGGUAAGAUCGUCAUCAACAAUAAAAUUAAAUAUUGGUUUGAUUCAUAUUGGUUCAUGUCCAUUACAUUUAAUCCAUAAUUCAUUUAAAAGAGGCAUUGAUAAUACAGAUUGGUCAAUUGAAGGGUUUCUUGAUCAUUUAGAUUCUUGGUUUAGUCGUUCGCCUUCACGUCGUGCAGAUUAUCUAAAAAUAGCUAAAAAUAUAUCAAAUGGUACUGGUAAAUUUAUUCGUCGUUUCAUAAUAGCACGAUGGCUUGAUGCUGGACCAAUAAUUGAACGUAUUAUAGAACAAUGGACAAAUCUUAAUGAAUAUUUUCUUAGAUUUAUUCCAUCAAGUCGUAAGAUUUCACCGAAUAAUCAUCGUUAUAUACAAAUAAGAACAAUGCUUGAAACCAAGUCGACAUUAAGUCAUUUAAAUUUUCUUCUUUUUCUUUACCAUAAUAUAUAUGAACAAAUCUUAUUAUGGUUUCAACAAAGUCAACCUUUAAUACAUUUAUUAUACGAUGAAUGUGAACAAUUGAUACGACGCUUAUUUUCAUGUUUUAUAAAUGAAGAUCUAAUUAAAAAUAAAUCAUUCAGUGAAAUUAUGAAUAUUUCAUUUCAUAAUCAAGUCAAUCAAAAAUGUGAUAUUAGUUUAGAAAUAGGUGAAGCAACUCGUCGUACUUUAAUUAAUGUAUCUGAUGAAGAAAGUAAAAUUUUUUUUUUGGAUAUUCGAAAUUUUUAUUCGCUGAUAACUAAAGAACUGCUACGAACAUUACCAUUAAAUAAUGAUUUACUUCGGCAUUUCCAAUGUUUACAUCCAACAAUGCGUCAUUCAGAAGCAUCUCAUAUUAGUAUUAUGAAUAUUGCUCGAAGUUUUCCACAAAUGAAUGUGCCAGAUGAUAUUGAUCGUAUUACAGCUGAAUGGUAUAUUUAUCAAAAUGAACAAAUACCAAAUGAAUGGUUUGAGAAAAUGAAUAAAUAUCAUGCAAUUGACUAUUAUUGGAAACAUGUUUUUACACUUAAAACAAAUACUGGUACAGAUAAAUUUAUUGCUUUACCGAAAUUACUUAAAUGUGUAUUUGCAUUAUCGCAUGGCAAUGCUGAUGUUGAAAGAGGAUUUAGUGAAAACGCUUUUCUAUUAACAGAUGAUCGUUCACUUCUAAGUGAUGCAUCAAUCAAUGGUUUACGUUCCACUAGAGAUGGCGUAAAAUUUUUUGGGAAUGGCAAACCACACGAAGUACAAAUUACGAAAGCUCUUAUCGAUAGUGUUCGUGAUGCUCAUUCACGUUAUUGUAUUGAUUUAGAAAAACGACAAGGCGAAGUAUUAGCAAAAGCAAAUUUAGAAAAAGAACAAAUCGAAAAAGACAUUGCUAAUGAGAAAAAAAAAGAUUUAUAUGAUGAACAAAACUCUCUACAUAAAAGUUUGACAAAUAUACAACAAAUGAUUGAUGAAGGUACUGAACGUUUAGCAAAAGCGGUGUCAUCAAAACAUUUCGAAGAAAUUGAAACCGCAUUAUUACUUAUUGAAGGUGGCAGUAAAAAAUUAGCUACAACUAAUACACACAUUAUUUAUAACACUAAUCAAAUAAAUCAACUAAGAAAAAAACAAAAGACAUAA